UUCUUUCCCGCGGCUCGGGGCCGCUGCCCGGCCGGGAGCAGAGUCCGGUUGCCUGGCGCGGGCGGUGCGUCUGCUUCCUCUCCGGGUCAGCCGCCAGGCGCGCCGUCCCCCGCCCCGCCGCGGCCCUCGGUGUGCCCGGCCGCCUGCGCCCCCAGGAUGCUGUCCAGCCUGAACACAUGGCUGUGGCAGGAAAGGCUCUGGUUGCCACCAAACUGCUCCUGGGAGCAGCUGGAGGACCGCGAUGGCCGCGUCUUCGCCCACCCCCACCACAUGCUGGCGGCCCUGCCCCUAGCCCUGGUCCUGGUGGCCCUGCGCAUUGUCUUCGAGAGAUUCGUAGGCCUGCCCCUGGGCCGGUGGCUGGGAGUGCGGGAUCGGGUCCGGAAACCGGCCAAGCCCAACGCCACGCUGGAGAGACACUUCCUGGAGACCGGGCGGAGACCCCAGGAGUCCCAGAUGGCCCUCUUGGCUGCCCAGUGUGGCCUCACACUGCGGCAGACUCAGCGCUGGUUCCGGAGACGCCGGAACCAGGAUCGGCCCUGCCUCUCCAAGAAGUUCUGCGAGGCCAGCUGGAGGUUCGCCUUCUACCUGUGCACCUUCGUCGGUGGUGUCUCGGUCCUGUACAACGAGUCGUGGCUGUGGACUCCAGUGAUGUGCUGGGAAAAUUACCCAAACCAGACCCURCAGCCAAAGCUGUACUGGUGGUACCUCCUGGAGCUGAGCUUCUACAUCUCACUGCUCAUCACGCUGCCCUUUGACAUCAAGCGCAAGGACUUCAAGGAGCAGGUGGCGCAUCACUUCGUGACUAUCGCCCUGAUCACCUUCUCCUACAGCACGAACCUGCUGCGCAUUGGCUCGCUGGUGCUGCUGCUGCACGACUCGGCCGACUACCUGCUGGAGGCCUGUAAGAUGUUCAACUACACGCGCUUCACGUUGGUGUGCGACGCGCUCUUCGUCAUCUUCUCCUUUGUCUUCUUCUUCACCCGCCUCAUACUCUACCCCACCCAGAUCAUCUACACCACCUACUAUGAGUCCAUCGUGGACAGGGGUCCCUUCUUUGGCUACUACUUCUUCAACGUGCUUCUGAUGACRCUGCAGGUGUUACACGUGUACUGGUUCGGCCUCAUCCUGCGCAUGCUCAUCAACUUCUUGAGGAAGGGUCAGAUGGCAAAGGACAUUCGCAGUGAUGUGGAAGAGUCUGACUCCAGUGACGACGGGCUGGCCCCAGAAGGUUUACAGAUGAAGAACGGGAUGACUCACGAGCCCAGGGCUGCCCCAGCUGACGGCCCUAGAAGCCGGGCAGCCGGACGGCUGGCCAAUGGGCACGUGCCAGGCACAUAGCCUGCCAAGAACUGGCAAUGAGGGGCUGCCCCCAGCACCUUGGGUACUUGAGGUGGCUGGACUGGCAGCCUCUGAGCCAACUCACAGGGAAGCCCGGCCCCAGAUGGGCCAGAGGCUGAUGAUCUGUCUCCAGCCCCUCCCCUCCCCCUCCCUCUGGGCACCUAGACAGAGCCAGAAGGCAGCAGCAGGACACUGCUGCCAGCCAGAGCCACAUCCAGGCUGCAGCCUGGUGGCCGUGGGGAGCCCUGGAUGAAAGAGGUCCAAUAAAAGCUGAACGGAGCUGAAUUCUC